UUUUUUUCAACGGCCAGACCGGUGCCUGACGUAUCUGAAGAAGGCACUUCCCUCUUCAUCCUGCAUUUUCCUUUCUUCCCCCACUUUGGUUUUAAUUAGAUCUCAUCUCAUCUCCCUCUUCUUCUUCCUGAUCCGGUUUUCUUCCUUCCCUGGAUUUGUGUGAUUGAAAGGAAGUCAAUUUGUUCCGCUUCGAAUCAAUGGCUGCUCCGCCGGCAAGAGCUCGCGCCGAUUACGAUUACCUCAUAAAGCUCCUCUUGAUCGGCGAUAGCGGUGUGGGUAAGAGUUGCCUCCUUCUACGUUUUUCAGAUGGUUCCUUCACCACUAGUUUCAUAACAACCAUUGGCAUUGACUUCAAGAUAAGGACAAUUGAGCUUGAUCAGAAGCGUAUUAAGUUGCAGAUAUGGGAUACUGCUGGUCAAGAGCGUUUCCGUACAAUUACAACCGCUUAUUACCGGGGAGCAAUGGGCAUUUUACUCGUGUAUGAUGUCACUGACGAGUCAUCUUUCAACAAUAUUAGGAAUUGGAUUCGCAACAUUGAACAACAUGCUUCUGACAAUGUCAACAAGAUCUUGGUGGGAAACAAGGCGGACAUGGAUGAGAGCAAGAGGGCUGUUCCUACCUCGAAAGGCCAGGCGCUUGCAGAUGAAUAUGGCAUCAAGUUCUUUGAGACUAGUGCUAAGACGAACUUAAAUGUGGAAGAAGUUUUCUUUUCAAUAGCUAGGGACAUCAAGCAACGACUUGCAGAUACUGAUUCAAAGUCCGAGCCACAGACGAUCAAGAUUAAUCAACCGGACCAGGCUGGAGGUGCCAGCCAGGCUGCACAAAAGUCUGCUUGCUGUGGUUCAUAAACAAGGGGGUUUUAAACACAGAUUACAGGGAUACCCUCGUUGUCUUCAUCGUACGGCUAAGUCUCUUGCUUGUUGGUGGGAACUGGAUUUUGUUUAUCUGACUAUUGUGGUCUAUGCUGCUUGUAUUAUUCUCCUAAUCAAUUAUUUUACAACACUACCAAAACAAUCAAGGACACCAACAUUUGGGUAUGAAUUGCUUAGA